UCUCUUAAGAAGCAAGGGGGGGCUAGGAGAGAGAGAGGAGGAAAAAAUUGAGCCACUUCUUUCCCCCCUUCCUCCUAAAAUAGAGAGCAAAGCUUGCAUCCAUGAGCAGGCGGCAGUGGUACUCCACACAGAGAUGCCAAUUCCAUGUCAGUGAGUUUGCAUCCUCCUUCCUGGUCCCAGCCCUGGAGUCAGCGCAGCCUUGCUGAGGAUUCCUUGCCUCCCGCUGGAUUGGGACUUUUUCUCUCUUUUCUGCCUGUGCUCAGCACCUUCCACUGUUUCCAAUGCUUGGGUUUGAUUGACCAGCACUUCUUGUGUGGCUGCAGCUUCCCCACUGACUGUCCUGAGCCCUCCCAGGAUUAGAGCUAGCCUGCAUUGUCAGCCUCCCUGGCCACCAUGGAUGUUUUGGCUAGUUAUAGCAUAUUCCAGGAGCUGCAGAUUGUGCACGACACGGGCUACUUCUCAGCAAUGCCAUCUUUGGAGGAGAAUUGGCAGCAGACCUGUCUGGAGUUGGAACGGUAUUUGCAGACAGAACCACGGAAGAUGUCAGAGACAUUUGGAGAAGAUUUUGACUCUUUCUUGAACAGCUCCAUUUCUCAAGGUACAGAUGGAUGUGGCCGUAAGCUGGACCCCAUUGUAAUUCCUGUGGACAUCAGUACGUAUGAGAAGCGCCCUAGUAUGGACCUGCUACUUUCCCAAGACAAACUGCUGUCAGAAUCAUGUGUCAGCUUACAGCCUGCCAGUUCCUCUACAGAGUGUUACACAUCCGUAAAUCAGGCACAGCUGAACGCAGUGACAUCACUAACGCCGCCAUCUUCUCCGGAACUCAGUCGGCAUCUGGUGAAAACACCACAGUCUCUGUCUGCUUUGGAUGGAACCGUCACAUUAAAACUGGUUGCAAAAAAAGCCUCUGUUAGCUCUGGAAAGGCAGCAGAAUCCUCCUCAUCUGCCAUAACAUCAAAGUGCAGCCUAAGUGACAGUGAGCAGGCUGGGAACGCGGGCGAAGCAUCACCCGAAAACAAGAAAAGAGUUCAUAGAUGUCAGUUUAAUGGCUGCAGAAAAGUCUACACAAAGAGCUCCCAUUUGAAGGCCCACCAGAGAACGCACACAGGUGAAAAGCCAUAUAAGUGCUCCUGGGAAGGGUGUGACUGGCGUUUUGCUCGGAGUGAUGAACUUACAAGGCACUACAGGAAACACACAGGGGCAAAGCCAUUUAAAUGCAACCACUGUGACAGGUGCUUUUCCAGGUCUGACCACCUUGCCCUGCACAUGAAGAGGCAUAUCUAAGGACAUUUUGCAGCAGUAAUGGCUGUUCUACUUUGGGAGGACCAAGGGUAGCAGUGGACACGUCAUUUUGUCUGUGGAAUUGCAGAACAUACAGAACAUUUUUACAUGUAAAACCCUGUACACAAAAAUCCAUAUCAAUUCUUCAUGCACCAUUACAUGCCCCAACAUAUUUGUCUGUCUGUUAUGCCUUACCCUCCAGCCUGACUGAAAGUCUUGCACAGUAGUGGAGAGUUAGAUAAUUGGGAAACAACUGCAUACAAAGUGUUUUGAAGCCUCACUGUGGAAAUGAACAGCAGGAGAACAGUAAUCUUAUGGGCCUCUGAUGAACUCUCCUUACUGAAAGUCAGAAGUUGCUAAGAAGCCACCUACGAGUUGUAUUGUUGUAGCACUAAUAUCAUUUUUCUUAUAAUAUGUAAUUUAAGGAAAAAAAAUGGAUUUCAAUCUAGGAAACCAAAUCCGAGCCUUUUGGUUCAUAUCUGAAGACUCCUGAUAAGGAAGAGUUCAAGACCUACUUGGAUCCUAUCAAGUGUUCUACACUGGUUGGCCUCAUUAGAGAGCUUUUAAAACCAUUUAGCUCAAUGCCAUAGGCCUUGCUGGUAUUGGACUGGUGGGGAUAGAACAACUAAACCAUUUAUGCGAUUCUUAGAUGUAUUUUCAGAAGGACAUAUGGAUGGAGGAGCACUCAUUCCCAACUAAUUUAUUUUUUACUUUUGUUGGCUGUAGCACAUCUUAUGCACUAGAAACUUACAUAAGCCACUGAUGUUGACUAAAUAUGGAGCUUAUCUGUUGCAUUGAAGCACCCAACCACCAUUGUGUGCACUUCCAAAGGUUACACAACCUUUUAUUAUUAAUUUUUCAAUUGAGUUUUCCCCAGGUUUUUUUUUUUUUGCAGAAGCUUUUUCAUAAGCUUUUAGUAAAUGCGCUAUAUGGACAGAUAUCUUGGAAAACUAUUGAAUCUCCAUCUGGACAGUUUUUGCUUGAAUUGGACCAGCGACCUAGACUUGGCUCCUAUCAUCUGAUGAGCGGCAAGCCUUCUCUUUUGAACUUUCCAAACUUUGUGCUUGAUCAUUGACUUCUCCUAACAAUAUAACUAGUUAGAAACUUGAUGUUAUUUCCAGAGCAGCUGCAUUUUGUACUUAAUCUUACCUUUUGAGUGUCAACAACAAAAAGCCAAAUAUAUUAAAUCAUACAACAUUGGGUAAUGAAAGACACUUUAAGCAAGUUGAUUUUGCCCUACUGACUCAUAAAGCAGAUACUUUCUUGUUUACAGAGGUCAUUGACUGGACACUGAACUAUAAUUUUAGUGUGUCAAAAGGGUAAACAUUGAUAGCAUUAAGCCAGGGUAUUGGUAAUUUUUCCACAGGGUUGUUUCAGAUAUUACAGAGUACAGAUCUUUUAUGACUGUUUCUUGGUAAAAUAAUAAACUAAACUUUUCCCAUUAGUGCAUAGUCAACAGAGUAUAUAUGUACAUACUACUCAAGUCAGUUGCCACUGGUCUUUGCUCCAAAGACUAGCAAUCAGACCAUAUCUAGUGGUCAAUUCAAGUACCGUAGAUGUGGGUUGUAUAUUUUGUAUAUUCUGGGACCACCCCUAAGCAGCUAGUAAAAUUGCACAUUUGGUCCCGAUUUGUCCACAUAAACGCAGCUCUUUUACCCCAGCCGGCUGGCAUCUUUUUAACUUGUUUUGACUCCUUGACUGUUAAGCAAAAAAAAAAAGAAAAAAGAAAAAAAAUUAAAAAAAAUCUAAAGCAAAAUGUGUUAUAAAAAAAAAAUAAUAAU